GUUGAUUGGCUGCGCACCACAUCAUUCAGUUCAUUCACCACCUCAAGGUUGGGCUGGUCUUCGGAGUCUGCGGCGUCAGAUUUCUAUGAAUCACGGCGACGCCAUUUUCUAUUAUUAUAAUCACCGCGCAAGGGGAGUGGGCACGGAGGGCUGGUCUCCUGCCUCCUUACUCAAUAAUAUCCGCCUCUGUCUGGUGGCGCACUUCUCAACCUUUCAAACAGGCAUCAGCGACGCUUUUGCGUUUUAAGUCCAUUAGGCGGUUGAAAACAAAUAGUUAAAUUUGUUUUAAAAAUAAAGCCCGACGAUUUCAAAAGAAUUAAGUCAGAACCAUGACAGACCCCGAGUGGCAAUCUCCCUCUGUCUCGUCCUCGGCUCGCUUAGACGACAUUGUUGAUGAUCGUACCGCCGAAGGUACAGAGAAAAUGCUGGAUGAUUCGGAUCCUCUCAAGCCCGGGGCAGGCGACGCACCCAUAUUUGUACCUUCGGUCUCUAUACCUGCGGUUCCAGGCGCCUUCGAGCCGGCAGAAGGCACUACCAUCGGACACGAGGAUCCCCAGCAACCCGCGCCUCUGCCCGCCAGAAGCCGGCCCGAACCGGACUCCACCUCAGAGUCGGCGCCUGCUACAUCCACCGUGUCCGCCAAGACUCGCCCAGAAUCUGUCGGUUACACUUUCCUAGAGCAGAAGCUAGAUCCGAAAGACGAAUCCUUUCUUUCUCCUUCCGUUGCACCUGAAUGUGUGAUGCAGUCCUCUGCAGACUUUUCUGUCAACUUGAAAGAUCAGCCAGCUAGUGCCGAACCUGUGGGCCCACAGGAUGUUGCACCUAUGCAUGUUGAACCUGUUCCUGUCUCCUCUUUGCCCUCCUUUUCUUCUGAUUCUGUAACUGAAUUAACAGUGUCCACAAAAUCAGUCCACAGUGAUGAUCUAAUACAGACUGAAGUUCCUUUAAACACAGAAUUGCAAACAACCUUUGGUUUUGUGGAAAAUGCAAUGGACAAACCAGUAGCAGAGCAUUUAGAAAAAGCUUAUUCUGUUGGUGAAAAGGCACAAGUGAAGCCAGCACUUAUAGAAUCAUCAGAGAUAGACAAACUAAAUUCUGUUGAUGGAAGUCCAUUUCAAGCCACCGUUGAUCAGUGUGUAGAGCCAAAUCGAAAUGAAUUUAAAGGGACUGCACUCCUCGUUGAAGAAACAAUGCCAGAACAAGUCAUUGCAGAUAAGGGAGAACUGAAGAUUAGUGAGGUUACGAGAAUAGAUAAUGUUCAUUUAUCAGAGGACCGCAAAGUUGAAAUGGAAACAAGUAACUUAGGAUUCAUUAGUGAGUAUGUUGGUGCGUUAGGGACUGAUACGCUUCCCUUAGGCAGAGUUGUUGAGGAGAAGGAGUUCAUCCAGAAUACAUUGGAUUCUAAUGAGCAAACUAUAAAACCAGUGGACAGUGGUCUUAACUUUUGUUAUGGGGAUAUUUUGGAAGUAAAGGAGAAAAAUGAACUAAAGAGUUCUGAUCCAGCAAUUAAUCAGAUGGCUGUUAUUGAUUCUAAUAUCAAAGAUGCCAUUAAUGUAACUGAUAAGACUGAGAAAGAUGUGUUUCAAGAUCAAGAAGCUUCAAAGACACUGCGUGAAACUGAAGAACCAACUGUGGCCAGAACUACUGGAAUGCUAGAUUAUGCAGACUUGGAGGACCAUGUAGAACGGUCCUCUGAACAAGAUGACAAGCUGCCUCCAACUGAUGAAGCCUACUUUGCUGUUUCGCAAGUUCCAGUUGUAAGUGAAUCUCAAGCAUGCAUGACCUAUGCUACGUUUGAUUCUUAUAACAUGUUGGAGUCUGAUUCCUCCAGCACUAAUGAAAUGGUUCCUGAAAAUGAAGAAAUCAUAAAAGGAAAGAUUGAGUUCAAAGAAACAUCAAUACCAUUACAGUUAGCUGCUGUUGAAUUAGAAGUAAGCGAUAAGGUCGAAGAUCCAGAAACAAAAUCUGAGGCACCAGUAUUUGCUGAAAACAAACUACCUAUUAAUAUAGAUAUAACAUCGAUUUCUGAAAUGAAUUCACAACUGCUUAGUAGUUUUUCCCCAUACCAUAUGCAAAGCACCUCUGAAAUCACAUCCCCGGGAUUAACACGAUUAGAAAUGACUGAAUGUGCAUUUGAUACAGAAAUGAGGAAAUCUCCUCAAGAAUCUCUUGAUCAAUGCAAACCACUACUUCGCACAUCUGAAGAGUGUAUUUUAGACAAAUCUGAUGAUGUACAAGAUUUAACAGACACUAUUGUGACGGCGCCAACUUUCAUAGGGAGUGAGUGUGUUACAAAUCUCUCGGAUCCUGAUUGUGCUCCAUAUGCUGCUAAAGAGCAAAUUGCGUAUGCCCUUCAAGAACCACUUGCUGCUGACAGUGGUAUUCCAGAGUUAACAAAAACACAGUCUUUCCUUGAAGAACAAAAGGCUAUUACAAAAAAAGGAAUUGUGGAAGAUACUGUAAAUAUUUCGGAGGAUGUUCUGGUUUCUGAAAAGGGUAAUAUACUGGAGCACACAUUAGAUUCUGUUAUAGAAGUAGGAGAUAAUAGUAAAGAUUUAUGUGUACACUUGGAGCACGGUGAGCUUGAUGUCUCUGAAAAAAUAAACAAGCUUGUUGAUCAAUCCAGGAAAGAAGAAUCAUUGCCAAGUAAGAUUGUGGAAGAAACAAGUUGUUCUACAUUGCUUUAUCCAAAACCAGACAUAACGGCUGAUACUUCAGUGACAACAAUGAGUCUAGAUGUGAUUACAUGCAAAGAAGUUGCCAUCAGUAAAUCUGAACCAAUUUUGGGAACACAGGGAGCUGCUACAAUUGGAAUGAAACCUGUUGAAGGGAUUUUAGCUGAUUACAAACAUGUUGAGCAGUGUUCACUUCCUCCACUUUCACUCCAAGAUGAAACUGAAAUCCCAUCACUGACUAAAAAUAUAACUGAAGAUGUGUUGACUGACCUAUUAAAAGUUACAGAGAAAGAUGUACCAGAAAUUAGUUUAAGUUAUCAGGAAACUUCUGAGGAAGUACUGUCUAGUGCAACAAUAGGUGAAAAGUAUGCUGCAAAACAAUCUGACCCUAUUUUGAUUGCUGACAGAGGAUUUGGUUCACAAGUCUUGGCUGAAGAGACUAAUUUGACUACUUCCCAACCAGUUACUGGUGGUGAUGCUCCGACUUUGCAGAAUAUAUUUCCGGACAAUUAUUUGGAAGAAUUUGAUGAAAUGAAAACCAGAAUUGAUGACCCUUCUGAAAAUUUGGAGACUGUGCAAGCACAGAUGAAGACCCAAAAUGAUGCUUCAUUUCCCAUAAAUGAAGAAGUAACUAAGGCUUCAAAAGAAGUGGUUACAAAAAUUUUAGAAACCAGUGUUGCUCUAGCAGAAGUUUUGGGAGGGAAGGAAGGAACAGUAGCACAAUCCAUGUCUCAGCAAGAAACAGAUGUAAUAUUUCCUUCCACUGUUGGAGAAGAUGAUGUAAGCAAAAAAAUUCUUCCUAUAGAAGCCCUGGUGCCAGAAUUGCUUCCUGUGGCUGAGGGCACUAAAACAUCUAAAGAUGCUGCUGCUGCUGGUAUUGAAGAUUUUUCUGUAAAACCGGACAAAAAAUCAGUGGUGGACUUAAUCUACUGGCGUGAUAUUAAGAAGACUGGAUUGGUGUUCGGUGCGAGCCUGUUCUUGCUGCUGUCUAUGACAAUUUUCAGCAUUGUCAGUGUAAUUGCAUACCUUGCGCUGGCACUGCUUUCAGUUACCAUUAGUUUCAGGAUAUACAGAGGUAUUCUGCAAGCAGUGCAGAAGUCUGAUGAAGGGCACCCGUUCAAGGCCUGUUUGGAGACAGACGUUGCUGUAUCUGAUGAACUAGUGCGCAAGUAUAGUGAUAUUGGGCUAAGCUAUAUCAACCGUGUGAUUACUGAAUUAAGACGACUGUUCCUUGUUGAAGACCUGGUAGAUUCUUUGAAGUUUUCAGUGCUGAUGUGGCUGCUCACUUAUGUUGGUGCCUUGUUUAACGGACUGUCCCUGCUGAUAAUAGCUCUGGUAGCAGUUUUCAGCAUCCCUGUGGUUUAUGAAAGACACCAGGCUCAAAUUGAUCAUUACAUAGGGAUAGCAAGUAAGCAGAUUAGAGAUAUCACUGCUAAGAUUCAAACGAAAAUUCCUGGACUGAAGAGGAAAACUGAGUAACGGAGCUUGUCCUGUGCUUCAUGGCAUGUUUUCUGCUGGGCUGUCUCUUGGAUUAUCACAGGGAGGAUUGGGAAGAACAAAAUAGCCUUGGAACUGCAGUGUAAUUUGCAAGUCUCUUCCAUUUUGGUAGUAACAAAGUGUUUAACUGUAGUCUAUUUCAUAAUACAUUAUAUCACAUGCUAACAUAUAGGAAGUUUGAAUUCAGUUUAUUUAUGUCAUUUGGUACAGAGAACACUGGUUUGUAUUAAAGAUUUGAGAAACUGUACAUUGCACGUGUCACGGUAGCGUCUUACUAUGUGAAAACAAAUCAUGGUGCAGUUGGAGCUUUUGGUAUUCCCUGCCCCCCCUCCCCAGUUUGCACACUGUUUGUAGGAUCUAUGCUGUGAGGUUGGUGCAAAUUCUAACCCCAUGUGAUCAAAAUAUUUACUGUUCCAUUGUAGUGAAAUUUGACGUCUUGCUUUUCUGACUGAAACCUUUCGCUGUAUUAAGAUUUUACUGUUUUAACAAUUACCCGGUUAGUGUUUCACUAAGCUAAGGAGUUGACCUGAGCAGCUCCACAGUGCUUGAUAUUUCAGAGGUAACUGAAUUUUAAAUAUGGAACCACAGCACUGAACCGUACACUAAGAUAUCUAUGCCAUAAAUUGAAGUCUCAGCAUAAAUGUUCAACCAUCAGAUUUUCAUCUGUUUAGCCAGAAAUGUAUGAGCACAUCUAUAGCAAAAUUUUAACUGUACUUUUGAUUAUUUUGUGGACUGUAUCUAAUGCUAUGAAUAAAUGUAACCUGGACAUUUCAAGCAUUGUUUGAUGCACACAUCUGAGAUUGGACAUUGCAUUGUAAACGAAUUGGGCUCAGGCCUUUGGGGAAUGCAUUGUGAAAUAAAAAUGAGAAUGAAUAAAGCUUACAAACAAAA